UAAAAUAAAUAUUCCUUUUCUCCGACAUGAUAAUAAUUUUAAAACUAUUGUUAAGUAGCGGAAUAAUUUUUACCGCUGCGACGGUUCUCAUUCCUAAUGAAUUUCGAUGCUAUCAACCAUCAAAAUAUGUGAAACCAAUACAUUACGAUAUCAAGCUUACAUCACAAAUUGAAAGUAAUAUUUUCUAUGGAGAAUACAAUAUCAGCAUAAACAUUCUUAACAAAAUGCAACACAUAUAUUUACAGUCAGAAAAUUUAUGUAUUAACAACAUAGUUUUAUUUACAAAUAUUGGAAAAAAUCAUGAGAAUGAUAAAGAUACAGUAUAUAAACCGUCAUAUAAUAGUAGUGGAGACACAAUUAAUAUUGUCUUUGGAGAUGAAUUAUCACCAGGAAAUUAUAUUUUAAAUAUAAAAUAUUUUGGUACAGUUGAUAAAAGCUUCAGAAGUUUGAACGUGCCAAACAAAUCAAUUUGGAUAGCUGCUCUACAUUUCCAGAUAAUAGACUUCCCACAAAUAAUUGAUUGUUGGAAUACCCAACAUCUAUUAGAAACAACCUUUAGCAUAUCUAUAGGUUGUAAACUAUGCACGGCUUUGUCAAAUAUGCCAUUGCGAAAUACGGAAAUUAUUAAGAAAAAUAUGUUUUGGACACACUUUCAUACCACACCUGCAAUGUCGCCUUAUCUCGUAACAAUGCUGGUGUCUAAUGAGCUAACCAUGGAUAAAAACAGACCUCGAAAAAUUAAAAUAUGGUGCAGGAUCGAAACUGCACUUGACAUAAAAUUUGCAGAAAAUAUAGUUGGUCAUAUUACGUCAAAUUUUGAAAGUCAUUGGAAAUAUUCGAACAAUACUUCGCACGUCACUCAUGCUGCAAUUCCAAAUUUCCAUGACAACGGCAUCAUGGUUUUCGGACUUGUUCUUUAUAGGGAAACAGAUAUCAUCUACGAUAAAAAAUUAUAUCCUGUUGCUCACGAAAUUCAAGUAAUUCAAUUAGUAGGACAUAAAGUGGCACAGCAAUGGUUUUAUGAUAUGAACAAUCCGUUUAAUUCGACUGUUUGGUUUAAUCAAUAUCUUACCACAUUUCUUGCAAUAGAUGCUGUCGAUAAGAUUUAUACAGAAUAUCGAAUAAUGAAUUUAUUUGUUGUUCAAAAUCAACAUAAUUCUUUUUCUUUGGAUGGUGAUUAUCAUAUAUGGAAUUCUCCUAUACAAGACGACAAAUUCUUAUUAAAAAUUCGCGAAUCUAUCAGGGCACCUUUUAUACUGCGCAUGAUGCUACACGCUUUCACCGAAGAAAUAUUUUGGAAAACCGUUCGCACACACUAUGUAUUUAGCAAGCGAAGUAUGGGUCACUUUCUGGAAGAAAUUAUUACUGCUGUAAAAGAACAUAGUGCUAUGGAUAUAAUCAAUAAGUGGUAUAUGGAAAAGCAUUGUCCUAUUAUAAAAAUAAUACGAGAUCGUAAAGUUAAUAAUACGGAUAUUGUGACCGAAGUAAAUGUAUCGAUACAAUAUACCGACACAUUAAGCGUUUAUUGCGUUUUUGUAACUUUUACUACGCAAACGUUUUCCGAUUUUAACAAUUUUACUCAUCAUAAGGUAUGCACAGAAAAGGAUUUGAAAUUAUCAUUAAGAUUUGAAGAAACUGGUUGGAUAAUAUUCAAUCUACAACAAAUUGGAUAUUAUCGCGUUAACUAUGAUGUAUGGAAUUGGCGAAAAAUUUCAUAUUAUCUAAACUCCGAUAAUUACACAAAAAUUCAUGUUCUUAAUCGUGCUCAAAUGAUCGAUGAUGCAUUUCAUUUAAUGAUAGGAGGCCAACUCGAUUCAUAUGUAUUCUGGGAUAUCAUAAAGUAUAUGCAUCGAGAAGAAGAUUAUAUAGCUUGGUAUCCUAUGUUUAAAGCUCUGGAAUAUUUGUCCAAUGCUUUUAUAGUGUUGAAAGAAAACAUUGAGAAGUUUACGGAAACAAUAAGCGAUAUAUUGACGAAUGUACUUAAAAAAAUCAAAUACAAAGAAAUUGAUGAUACAGACAAACUUAGAAUUUGUUUACGACAAGAAGCUGCAAAAUGCAUGUUUUUUGAUGACAUCACUUGUAAAGAAGAAGCCAACAAGAAAUUAAAACAACAUCUCCAAGAUCCUAUAAAACACAAACUUUUGCCGUGGUGGAACGAAUGGACAUAUUGUACGGGUUUGAUGAUAACGACUAAAAACGAGCCCACUUGGAAAUCAGUGUUUGAUAAAGGAGUGAAUAAAUCUGACACUAAAUUUUUGAAAUAUUUGGCUUGCCCUGAAGAUACUAAUGUCAUCAUCCAUUAUUUAGAAAAUAAACAAUACCAUUCUAUAAAACGAAAAUAUCAAUUUGAUGUUAACAGUUUCUUACAUAUUAUUACGAAGCAUGCAAAGAAUUCAACUAUACUGAAAUAUAUAUUAGAUUAUUUUAACGAAAUAAAACCAAAGGAGGUUGAUAUAAUUGCAGCAUUAACUAUUAUUAUUAAUAACGUAUAUUCCAAAAUUUUAACUAUGCAAAUAUUAGAGAAUGUUAGAGAUAUUUUAGACACUCACGUAGUUGAAAUGAAUAACGCAAAAAAUUUAUUUAAAAGACUUCAAAUAAAAGAGACAAGUAACAAUUUGAGUGAUAAGACUAAUUUAAAUUUCAAGUUUUAUAACAAAAUGGUCCAAAAGAUAUCAAUUCGCAACAAUCAAAUCGACAGACAGAAACAUUAUUUUCAAUAUUUUCUCCUCUAAUCGGUGGGUGUAAAAGAAUAUCAGCUUUGCAUGGACAUACUUCAUGUGAAUAAUGUUUUUAUAUUGUACGUAGUAUUUCUUUUAAUGCUUUAAUUAUUGUUUAUUUGGAUGUAUUACUAUUCGAUGCCUUUGUAUUUACAAAACUUUAUGCCUGCAUGUAUCACGUUUUUUAUUUUUUUGCAAACGUGCAUAAAGUAGUUGAAUAUAUAUUAUUACCUGUGUAAUUACAACAAAGA